AUGGCUGCCUUCACGUCCCUAACGCUGAUCCGCUCGUCGCAUGCGAGAACCGGGCUCGGCUCCUUGAAGGUCAUGACGGAGGAAUAUCCGCCCUACAAUUACAAAGACGGGGCAGGCCUGAGCGGCAUCAGUGUCGAGAUCAUGGAUGAGAUGUUCAAGCGGGCGGCGUCGGGGCACAAUCGGGAAGACAUCGCUCUUUUGCCUUGGGCCCGGGGCUAUAAUCUCACUCUGCAACGCCCAGGACAUGCAUUAUUUUCCACAACACGCACGCCGGAUCGCGAGGAUCUGUUCAAGUGGGUGGGGCCGUUCGUUCCAACAGUCGUCGGACUGACAGCGAAGAAAAGCCGCCACCUUGAGAUCAAAACGGUGCACGACCUGGCAGAUAUUCGGAUCGGGGUUGUCAAGGAUGAUGUCGGUCAGCUUCUGUUGCGGGCGCAAGGUGUGCCGGACGACCGCAUCGAGACGGUGCUUUCGAACGAGCAGAACUUCCGCAAACUCAUGGCAGGCCGCGUGGAUGCGAUCUCCUACGAAACCAAGGUCACGCGCUGGGGUUUGCAAAUGCGUGGCGCCGAUCUUGAAAACUAUGAAACCGUCUAUGAACUGGACCGGGGGGAGUUAUUUCUGGCGCUGCACUACCAGACCUCCGACAAAAUUGUCGAAACGCUGCAAAGUGCCUUCGACACGAUUGUCGCAGACGGAACACACGAGAAAAUUCUGAAACAGUACGGCAUUACAUCCUAG